AUGGUAGAAGAAACUGAAACUCAAGCUGGUGCAAGCAAGGCCAUAGGAGGUAGAAAGGGUAAAACCACCCAACCACAAGUCACCAAUAACAAGGCCACCAAUGAGACAGAGACCAAAGUGAUUGACAAUGAUGCCAAUGAAGAAACUGAUUCCAACUCUGACCUCAACAGUGGUGGCAAGCAAUUCAACUUCCACACCUUGGUGAAACUUCUUGAGCCAGUGCCCAAGCUUACAUCACACAACUACUACAGUUGGAAUGCCCACAUCAAGUCUCUCCUCCAAUGCAUCCCCCAUGCAAUGAAACACCUCAAGGGAGUGUAUGACAAGAAGCACCCCAAGUGGAACUGCACCUUCGAUGAUGCCUUAACAAAUGCACUAUGUGGCACCAUUGAUACUACUGGGGAAUACAAUGUCAAUUACUUGAUUCUCAACAUCAUCAGGGAGCCUCAUACAUUCCAUCAGGUCUGGAAGAAGAUUGAGAAUGGCUUGACCAAUGAAGCCACCACCACCUCUUGCCAAAUUGCACUCAUUUCUCAGUUAGGUGAGCUUAGGAUGUUCAACUCUGAUGCUCAAAAGCUCAUCCAGGAAAUCAGGUCUAUCCAGACAGAGAGCAGCCUGUUGGGAAAACCUUUUGCUGAUGACACUUUGUCCUUGAACCUACAGAAAUGCACUAUUCACCACCCAAUGUAUAAAGAAACAGUCACCACCAUCAACCAGCUCACCUUCAGUGCCCUUGCUACUGCCUUGACUAUUUGGCAGUUGGCAAUCGAGAAUAACCCUGUGUCAGGGGUCACGCGCCUGAAACCUGGUCUGCUCGUCGUUCGGUGA